UCAGAGCUCGACUGGUUAUUAUUUUUUUAAACGAAUGAGGAGAAAAUAUAAAUAAAAAAAUAUAAUAACACAAUAAUGAUGCUGUAGCGCGUCAUUUCCUCUAGGGGGCGGAAGUCUUUCUACUCUGCCCUAAAUUAUCACACGAAGAAGAAGAAACCCGGAACAACAACAACACAACCGUUUGACAACUUGCUCAGUGCAGAAAACUAAACCAUCAAGUUACUCAGCAACAUGUUGAGACUGGAGACUUUUGAGAGUCAGAUAUCUGCUCUGAUGGAGUCGGUGGUGGAGGCGGCGGUGACGGAGCUCAGCAGACUUCUGGAGGAGUCGUUAAUAAGCUCUGUUAAUAAUAUAAACAUUAUCUCUGCUGCUCCUGUAACGUUACCUGCUGCUGUGAAGAGCGAAGAGGAGGAGAGCCAAGUGACUCCACCGAAGGAGAUACACCAGCUUUAUGAAGCUAUAACGAACCAGUUUGCAUCCCUGAUGGAAGCAUGGACCAAAGGUGCCGUAGAGAAAAUACUGAUGAUGUUGAAAGUGUCCAUGUGUGAAGCUGAGGGUGGUCCUGCUGCAGAGCAGAGGCCUGGACUGAGUGACGAGACCAAACAGAUGAGCGUGAAGCUGAAAGCAGGGCGAGUGGCCGGGCCCAAAAAGCAAUCAGCAUCCAGAAGCUCUCGUCAGAAAAGAAAGAAAAUCGAAGGAGGACCCGAUCCGGCAAAAACAAAGAAGAAUGACCACCUGUAUUACCGAGCUGAUGGAUCAACACAAGAGAGUUACCCUGGGCACCCAUCUGAACCUGAAGCCAUCUCAGAGCCGGCCUCCGAUGUAAGCGAGGAAGAUGUCGUCCAGGAGGAUACAGACACUCCAACUACUGCAUUCAAAGUGAAAACGAAGAAGACCACGGGUCCGUUGAAGUGUCCUACUUGUGACAAAUCAUUUGCUCUGAAGUGUUUGCUGGACAGACACUGCCUGACUCACUCCAAACCUCACCUUUGCUCCGAGUGUGGGAAACGUUUCGCCGGACAACGGGGGCUCAUCGCUCAUUCAAGACGUCACACCGGAGAGAAGCCUUACAAAUGCUCCGAGUGUGGAACAGAGUUCGCUUACAAGUAUACCUUUGGCAGGCACAUGCGUCGGCACGGCCUGAAGAAACCGAGCACCCGCACGUGCGCGCUGUGCGAGAAUCAGUUCGCCGGGGUGUUGGCGCUUCAGCGGCACAGGUGUUGCGCCCUGAAAAAGACGUUUGUCUGCUCGCUUUGCCCGGAGACCUUCGAGUGCAGACAGAGUUUGGCCGAUCACGAGAAUCUACACUCAGGAGACAGAGAUUUUGUCUGCGAAAUAUGCGGCGAGAGUUUCCUCUCGUCCUCGUCCUUGGCCACUCACCGGGUGACCCACGCGCAAAAGGAAAACUGCUGCGACGUGCUCGGCCUCGGAUGCAGCGACUUGAGCGUCCUCAAAAGUCACCUGAGCAAACACACCGGAGAAAAACUUUUCCCCUGUGAGGUUUGCGGUAAAGGCUGCAGUCACCAGAGCGCUCUGAAGCACCACAUGCUGACCCACACGGGAGAGAAGCCGUACGUCUGCGAGACCUGCGGCAAGCGCUGCGGCCACGCCAGCGCGCUCCAGAACCACAUGAGGAUCCACACUGGGAAGAAGCCGGGACAGCCGGUCUGCGACGUGUGCGGCAAGAAAUUCCGCCGCACGGUCAACCUCAAGUAUCACAUGAGUGUCCACACGGGGGAGAAGCCUUACGCCUGCGAACAGUGCGACAAAAAGUUCAGCAACCCCAGCAAUCUCAAGCUACACAUGGCGAUUCACUCGGGGGAGAAAAUGUACGGCUGCAACAUCUGCGGCAGGAGGUUCACUCAGUCCAGCAGCCUCAAGCUGCACAGACGGGUCCACACUGGAGAGCAGCCAUAUUGCUGCGCAGUCUGCGGGAAAGGAUUCAUACACAGCAGCGACUUCAAGAAACAUCAGAGGGUUCACCUGCCAGAUGAGCCCGGAGAUGGACAGUCUGAGAAUACUGCUGUGAAAGUCUAGAACAUUUCAUCACUAUAUGAUCACAUCAUGUACUUAUACGCUGACAUACUGUACACUGGAGAUCAGGCUGUGCAAUGUGACAAUAAACACUGUGAGAUACAGUCA